AUGAUCCAACACUUCCAGAGGCAUGCGAUGAGAAUCUCGAAGCUGGAGCAGGAAUCUCUGAGUUGGGGCGGCGCGUCGUCCCUUUCCACCGCCUGUCGAUCAGGGGUUUCUCAUCUUCCUCCCAAGCACGGUAUGAUAGAAGCAGAUGGUGUGAUUGAGCUUGGGGGAGAGGCGGUGGGUAUGGCGAACAAUGGUGGGAGUCAGAGGCAGUGGUCUAGCUUCAUCCCUCCCUCGUCGCCGUUGAACUAUUGA